AAUUAUCCUGGGUCCCGUUCCACAAAGCGAUCGUAACUACAAUCAAUCUUAGAGACUUACGUCGAUUAUAAAAUCGUCUUAGCUAAAGUUUACGCCCGUUCCACAAAGCUAUCUUAGGGCGAUUGUAACUUUACAAGUUCUUAAGUAGCCGAUCUUAACAAAGAUCGGAAUCUUCAGCCAUGAAGAUACGAAAGUUUCCCUAAGAGUGGCCUCCCUUGGUCAUGUUUAGCAGACGACGCAUUGUCGAAAUAUGGCCGAAUCGCAGACCUCUGUCGGCGUCAAACACGUUCGUCGCAGCAAUUUUUCAGCAAGCGAGAUCGCUGUCCUUGUUGAUGAGGUGGCUGUUCACCACACGACACUGAAUUCCUCUUUCAGCUCUACCGUCACCAAUAAGCUGAAAGACAGCAUAUGGGAGGACAUCGCUAACAAGUUCAACGCAAGCACUGCUACAGUUGAGACGAUGUCGGACUACAGCAAGAUGAUGAUGAACUAUUUCGGCGCCUGUGGUGUCAUGACAAACUUAUCCCUGGCACGGGAUUUGGGCCUGGUGAAGAUGUUGGUGGAAGCCAAAGCCCCUCUCACAUCACAGCAGAUGGCUGACAAGUUGAACCUAAGAGAAAGGUACGUGCGUGAGAUCCUGGGUGCACUGGCUGUCGGGAGAAUCAUCAGCGUAGACGACUCCUCCACCAAGUUUCAUGUUCCAGAAGACAACAAGGGCACACUGGAUGCAAUAUCUGUGUUUGCCAGAGUUAUUCCACAGAUGGGUACAAGAUAUGAGAGUAUCAAGAAAUGUGCUCAACCACAAAACCAUGGCGGAAUGGUCUACAAUCAGUCUGAUGCUAUGUUUGAGGUGAUGAAAGAGAUUGUGGUCGUAGUCAAGAAAGAUAUGGUUGACACAGAUAUUCUGCCUGCGGUGUCCCUGCUGCUGCCCAAAUUAGAAUCGGGAAUCAAGGUUGCCGAAUUUGGAUGCGCAACAGGUUACAUUUUAAACCAAUUGGCAUCAAGAUUCAAGAACAGCACGUUCCUUGGUUCAGACGUAGCAAGCGAGCCAUUGGUUGAAGCCAGAGAAGAUGCAACCAGGCAAGGCCUUCAGAAUAUCACCUAUGACACAGAUAAUAUUGACACCAUAUCUAAAAGAUAUGCGGAGAGUUUUGAUUGGAUACUAACCCGCGAUGUCAUUCACGACUUGACAUAUCCACAGGAUGCCUUAAACGAGAUUUACCGGUGUCUGAAACCAGGGGGAAUUUACAGCAUGAUUGAUGUGGGAAUAGAGGGGGGCAUAACUGGCAACAUUGCUAAUCCUUCAGCGAUGUUCUACUACUCGGCAAGCACUUUCUUCUGUAUUCCGGAAAGCUACCGCAAGCCUGAUUCUGCAGCACUUGGGGCAACGUGGGGUGCACCUUUGGCAAGAGAGAUGGUUGCUAAAGCUGGUUUCACCAUCAUAAACGAGUCUGUGAGUCGCACAGAUCCGUUUGAGGUACACUUUGUCUGUCAGAAGUAGAUUUCAGUUGCAUCUGAUGCGCCUGGAAAUCGUUGGUGUUUGGACCAACAUUUAAAUUGCUUUUUGUAGUUAUAGUAUCUGGUAAUGUGGCUGACGACAGUACAAGCCCAUUUACAGGUUGAUUCGUAGAAACACUUUCUUGACGUUAAACCCCAUUUCACCCAAUUUCAUCAAACACUAAUCCACUCAUUGGAAACCAGUUUUUUUCAAAUGAUGUUCUUAAUUUCCUAUUCGUCUUGUUAUUAAAUACGCUUGUUCCUGUCUGUUUGGAUGUAUGUUAUAAAACAAUAAAUGGACAGAAAGUAAAUUCAUUACAACCUUACAAUUUCUGUUCGGAAAUUGGGAAUGUAAGACAACACUUGACUAAUAUUAUUAUAAAGAUAAUGGUUUCUUU